CUUCCGAGAGUCCCCACCCUGAGGGUCCUGCUAUAAAAGCGGCCGACGCCACCCUGACAGCAUCGCACUUCAAACGCGCUUCACCCAACAAACACUACAAUGUUCGCCAAAGUGGUCGUCUUCGCCCUCGUGGCCGUCAGCGCCGUCAUGGCUCAGGCUGACAAGUACCCUGCCGGAGUCCACCCCGCCACCUGCCCCAACUACCCCUACUGCGACAACACCGUGGUCGCCCAGUACCAGGCCUGGGGAGCUCCCAUCGCCCGCGAGUACCCCGCCGGAGUCCACCCCGCCGCCUGCCCCAACUACCCUUACUGCAACAACGCCAUCCCCGCCCACGCCGUCGCCUACGCUUCCCUCGCUCCCCCCGCUGGAGUGCCCGCCGCUGCCCGUUACCCCGCUGGAGUUAGCCCCGCCGCUUGCCCCAACUACCCCUACUGCCACUAAGACGACCCUUUUGCCGCCUACAUUUGUGAUCUGACAAGGAGAUUUUGGCCCCUCUCAACAUACAACCCCGACCACCACCAGGGAUUGUGUACCGAGAUGGGGUCAUAGCUCCUUGCGAAGAAGCGCACCCUGUGUGCGACUUGUUCACUUUUUAUUUUUGCAAAUAAAUCUGUGUACAGUACAAAAUUGGAAAA